AUGCAUAUUGAGAAGAAUGUUUGUGAUAGUAUAGUUGGGACACUUCUCAAUAUUCCAGGAAAAACAAAAGAUACUCUUGCUGGUCGUUUAGACUUAAAAGAAAUGGGAGUGAAAUCUGAAUUACAUCCUAAAGUUGGUGAUAAUAAGCGUACUUAUUUACCACCUGCAUGUUUUACAUUAAGUAAGGAUGAGAAACGUCACUUUUGUGAAACAUUGGCCAAUAUCAAAGUUCCAGAUGGGUAUUCUUCUAACAUACGCAAUUUAGUUUCAAUGAAAGACUUGAGAUUGAUUGGCUUGAAAUCCCAUGAUUGCCAUGCUUUAAUGCAACAAUUAUUACCAAUUGCCAUAAGAUCAGUUUCGCAAAAGCAUGUAAGAUAUGCAGUAACAAGGAUGUGUUUUUUCUUUAAUGCUAUUUGUGCUAAAACUGUGGAUCCAUCAAAGUUGGACAAAUUGCAAGAUGAAAUAGGGAAAACAUUAUGCAUGUUUGAGAGAUAUUUUCCUCCAACAUUUUUUGAUAUCAUGAUCCAUUUAACAGUGCACCUUGUGCAAGAAGUGAAACUUUGUGGACCAGUUUACUUGCGUUGGAUGUAUCCUUUUGAAAGAUAUAUGAAGAUAUUGAAGGGAUACGUUAGAAAUCGUUAUCGUCCAGAGGCAAGCAUUGUGGAGAGCUAUAUAGCUGAAGAAUCUGUUGAGUUUUGCUCAGAAUAUAUUGCAAAUGCAGAAACCAUUGGAAUUCCAAAACCUCGCCAAAAUCCAAAAGGUGAAAGUAAAGGUAUAUCUAGCGGUCGUCUUGAGAAUGCUAAUGAAAAAGACUUAGAACUAGCACAUCGAAAUGUUCUAGAAAAUACAACUGGGGUACAACCAUAUAUCGAUGAUCAUUUAUCAUGGUUGACUCAACAAUAUCCUUCAAGAAGAGAAAAAUGGAUUCGCGAUGAACACCACAAAACAUUCAAGAGUUGGUUUCAAGAAAAAGUUCAUCUAGACAUAAAAGAUCCUUCAAAAAAUGUGUCAAUGAACUUAAUAUGGAUUUCAGAGGGGCCUUCACACAUGGUUGUUAAGCACGAUGGGUAUAUAAUCAAUGGCCAACGCUUCAAUACUAAAGCGCUUGAUGAUAAGAGAGUAACCCAAAAUAGUGGUGUAAGUAUCAUAGCUAGUAUUGCACAAUUUUCUAGUGCCAAGGAUAAAAAUCCGGUCUAUUCAGACAUGACAUUUUAUGGCAUUAUUGAUGAAAUAUGGGAGCUUAAUUAUCAUUCAUUUAAAAUUCCUGUGUUUAAAUGUAAUUGGGUUGAAAGUAACAAUGGAGUUAAAGUUGAUGAAUUAAGCUUCACACUAGUUGAUCUAAAGAGAUUGGGCUAUAAGAGUGAACCAUUUAUUUUGGGAACUCAAGCGAAACAAGUAUUUUAUGUUGAAGAUUCGCUUGAUUCUAGAUGGUCUAUAGUUUUAUCGACCCAACCGAGAAACUUUAGUCAAGAAGAUCAAAGUGACAAUCAUGUACUAGAAGAACUUAAUAAUUUUACAAAUGAACUAGCAGACAUCGUAAAUUUUGAUGAUGCGGAAGUAUCAGCAGGUUCAUAUGCACGUCAAGAUGUUGAAGGAGUAUGGGUUGACCAAAUAGUAUGA